GAUGGAUUAAGGCAAAACCCAAAACCCCAAUCACAGUCUCCAUAGCUUAAAGGUCGAUGCUUCUUCUCCACGUUCAAACUCUGGUUUCUCUCACAUGUCUUCUUCAAUUUUCGGUCUCGCCCCUCUCACCUCUCAAAAUAAAUUCUUGAUUAUUUUCAGCAGAUAUCCCAAACUUUUUCUUAUUUAUUUUACAUCAGAGAAUCUCUACCCCAACUUUUGCUAGAUUCCUGGAUUAAUUGCUACACAACAUGAGUCAUCCUUCUAAGGUCGGGGUUGUUGCUGCCAGGAAGUUUAUUAACAUAAAAACACUUCCGAAGAUUAUGAUCCUACACCUUAAGCGUUUUAGCUAUGGCAGCUAUGGUAGCACUAAACUGCACAAGCCUGUACAUUUCCCUCUUGACCUUGCAUUGAGCCGUGAUCUGCUCGUCUCUUCUAAUGCGGAGGGUCGGAGAUAUGAACUUGUUGCCACAGUAACACAUCAUGGGAGGGAAGCAUCGAAAGGCCAUUAUACCGCUGAUGUCCGUUGCCCUAAUGGUCAGUGGCUGCGUUUUGAUGAUGCAUCCCUUACUACCAUCAGCACGAGCAAAGUUUUGCAUGAACAGGCUUAUGUUCUCUUCUACAAGCAAUUAUAGAAGAAAUGGGAGCUCUUACUCUCAACUAUUGGAGGAGAAUGUUUGUUGCUUAAAAGAGAUGCUCAUCUAAAUCAGUCUCCUUGCCAUCUUCAGAGAUGAGUACACGGGUGAACCUCAGAUAUGCUGCCAACGUCCACUCUUGAGAGGCGAUGCCGGUUACUUCAGCUACAGAUGAUUUAAGAAUGUUUUGGUGCUAACGAGGUAUUAUUGAUAUCGGGCAUGGCUUGGUUCGUGUUGAGAAUGGUGGAGAGACAGAGAUGUUGUACGUUUUAAAUGGAAAAUGUUGGAUGAUGAGAAAUAACUGCAGUGUGCAUAAAUAAACCUUUGACUUGGCCAGUUUAAAUCUUUCACUAGUUCAUAA